GUAAUAGGUCAUGCAAAUUUAACUCUGAAGGAUGCCAAAACAACAUGUAAUUUAACAGGACAUGUAGUAAACGAUACAUGGAUUGUGGAACAUUUUCGAAUUAGUCCGUCAUUUGGAGACUUUAAAAUUUAUGCCACGAGUAUUUUCGAAGAGAACAAAGCGUUUAUUGAUAUUGUUUUAAGUUUUAUAAAUGAAUACUGGCCAUCGAUAUCUCGACUGGCUUUGCCCUUCGUGUCCGAUACGUUCGAUCAGUGGUUCACAGACCAUGUCAAUAUAUUCUUCUCAAAAGUUCGUUUCUCAAAAGUAUUUCCAUAAAACUUAUGUAUCUAUUAUACAUCAAUGGAACGCUGAAUACCUCACAAAAUGAAAAAUAUAUUUUUCUAAGAGAUAUGUUAAAAUUUUCUCAUUUCGUAACUUAAGUUUCGUUUGUUACUAUGCAAUAGUAAAUAAAAUAAAUAAAUAACUUAC